AUGACCAACAUAACGUUUGAAGAAACUAUGCCCAUCCGGGAUGAGUCAAGUAACAGAGCACCCAGCCAAGAUGUCACUCUGCCCAUCGACAGCGAAGAACGCCCAGAAGGCUCACUCAGAGAGACAAUACGAAACCCAGACCUCGUGGCUUUUCAACUCAACGAUACAUCUAAUCCCUAUAACUGGUCUAUGGGGGAAAAACUCAUGAUCACCGCAAUCUGGGUGCUAGCAAACCUAGUAACCUGUAUUGCUAGUUCUAUUUUCAGUAGCGGGAACUCUUCUAUUCGAGCCGAGUUCCAUGUCAGUGUAUCGGUGGCUACUUUAGGAGUCAGCUUGUUUUUAGUAGUACGUUUUACAUUACAACCAUGAUUCAAUAACGGUAUUUCCCAUUCUUUUACUGACUUUUAAGUAGGGAUACACGGUUGGAACCCCUGUCUGGGGACCAUUGUCUGAACGUUUCGGUCGCAAAAUACCUGCAACCAUCGGAAUGUGCUUGUUUACCGCAUUUUGCCUCCCAGUUGCACUCGGGAAAGACAUCGAGACAAUUUUGGUAGGAAGAUUCUUUUGCGGCGUCUUUGGCGGGUCGGCAUUAGCUAUUUUCGGGGGCGGUCUAGUCGAUAUUUGGAAUCCAAUCCAGCGAGGCGUUGCUAUGGCUGGUUGUAUUGGCUCUAUCUUCGGCAGUCCACUUCUUGCUCCCGUUAUGGGUGGGUUCAUUGUUGAAAGCUAUCUCGGAUGGAGGUGGUGUCAUUGGCUUAGCGCUAUCAUGGGUUUGUUCUGCUCUCUGGUUAUGUUGGCCUUCCUUCCCGAAACCCAUGGUCCUACAAUUCUGCGACGCAAGUCAAAAGCACUUCGCAAGGCUGGCAACCCUGAGGCUCAUUGCGUUUAUGAUAACGAGCAAACUGGCUUUAAAACGCUUAUAACUGUUUACCUUGUUCGCCCGUUCAGUACGCAGAAAUUCAAAAAUUUAUAUUGAGAGCAAACUAAUAUAUGAAUCUAGUCAUGCUUUUGAGAGAGCCGAUUUUGUUAUUGAUAACCAUAUAUCAAUCCUUCAUUUACGGUAUUCUGUACCUGGUUCUUGUCUCUUAUCCAAUAGCCUUUCGCGAAGUGCGUGGCUGGUCGCUGGAAAUUAGUGGCUUACCAUUUCUGGGAUUGUUCCUGGGAAUUAUCCUAGGAUGCGCGAUUGUGGUGAUCUAUACUAAGACCAGAUUUACAAGACUUACGAUUAUAAACCAAGGUAAGUGGUGGUGGCUGAAAUUUUCCUCUUCCUCUUUUGAAUCAGUUCAGAAGAGCUGAAACAUCUUUCUCUCCCAAAGCAGUCUUUCUUUCUCCUCGAUCUAUAUCAUCUCAAAUAGUUAGCAAUGUUGACUUUCAUACUUUCCAGGUGUCGUUAUUCCAGAGCAAAGACUUCCUGUAAUGAUAAUUGGCGGAAGCCUCCUUCCGAUAGGCCUCUUCACCUUCGCCUGGACCUCACAUCCUGAUACCCAUUGGUCAGGAAUGGUUAUUGGAAGCAUACCGGUGGGGAUGGGGAUGUACAUGGUUUUCGUGCAAUGUCUCAACUACCUUAUAGACGUCUAUCUGCAAAUCGCCAACAGUGCACUCGGUGCUAACACUUUUGUCCGAAAUUUCUUCGCGGCAGGAUUUCCGUUGUUUGGGCCUGCUAUGUACCACACCCUUAAGGUAGACUGGGCAACAAGUAUUUUGGGGUUUGCUGCCAUUGCAAUGAUCCCAAUUCCUAUGGUCUUCUUCAAGUACGGCCACAAGAUCCGUGGAAUGUCAAAUAACAUUGCCAAUCGAAAAUAG